CUAUCUGGUAGACUCGGGUUUCAGCAGCUACCUCCCACCACUCUAUAUUCUCGCGAAGUUACUUCUGACAUAUAGAACCAUGGGGAAUUGUAACAUUCUAUUCACUGCUCUCCUGACCGCCUUGUGCGUGGUAGCGCAAACCUUGCCUCCAUCACCAACUGCAUCUGUCGGAUGUCAUGCCCACGAAGAUCACUGGCAUUGCGACGGACCCGUUUCAACUGCUGCUUCCUUGGCCGCCUCUACUCAGACUCCAGCAUCAAACUCUACUACAUCUCCUAUCACCUCGUCAACUAGUGAAGAACAUGAAAAAGGAACUGGAAGCUUGGCACCGAGCCCGACGGAGUCAUUUGGCUGUGAGCCUCAUGGCGAUCACUGGCAUUGCGAUGGAGCUGUCGUCGCUAGUAGUACAUCAACUGCCCAGCCAGCGGUGACAGCUGGUAUUGGGAAAGUAGAGAUAGAUAACGCCGCAAUUAUAGGGGGGUUACUCGUAGUUGCGGGGAUGGGCCUUUAGAUAUUAAAGAUUUUCGCGAUCUACCUUGGGU